AUGGCGUCCUCGACCGCACAUUCUGGACCGGCAACACAGGCUCGCCAGGCACCGUUUGAGCCGCCGGUACCAACACCGCAAACAGAACUGAAACAACCGCCAAAGCGACCCAAGUGGUGUCUCACCGAACACCUUCUCACAACGUACGGGUACGAAUUCCAGGCCGCCACGCAGCAUCCGUUUCUCGAGGCAGCUGCCAGGGGUGAGCUCUCCAAGGACGUCCUAAGUCGCUGGCUCGCCAACGACAGGUUAUACAUCCACAGUUACAUCCGCGCCGCCGGAAAGCUUCUUUCCACCAUCGACUUGCCCCAGAAGAUCCCAGCGCCCAGGCAAGAUGGAGUCGACCCCGAACCCGAACAGUGGGAAACACAGCUGGUUGACUGGCUGAUCGAAGCCCUUGGCGCCGUCCGCAAGGAAGAGAGAAUGUUUAUCGAAGUUGCUGAGCGUUACGGCUUGACGAUUGACCUCACCACUCCCGCCGCAACAGCAAAUAGCGUCAGUACCAGUACUAGCACCAGUGUCGAACACCAUCUCCACGCCCCUGCCGCCAAUGUUCUCACUAUUCCCGAUGACCAAAAGCUCCCGGGCUUGCUUCAGAUUACCGAACUCUUCUCGACCAUCAUACCUGCUCCCAUUCCCCAGGCGCCCGCCCGCAGCCUCGUCGUUGCCGUAUCUACCGACAAAUCAUCUCCCGACGACCCGCCCUCUACCCCCGAUCCUGACCAGACCGCGAAAGCCGGCGACACCGAGAAAGACAAAGAAUCGCAACCUGACAACAAAGACGAAGCGGAGGAGACGCCAGUUCACCCUCCUCCCGCUCUGCCAUGGCUCGAAGGGGCUCUCACCUUCUACGGCACCGAGCUCGCCUACCUGGCCGCCUGGUCCUACGCUAAAUCUCUCCAGACCAAAUACACCGCGGACGCCGCCUCCCGCGCAACUGGCUCCCAAGGCCAAGAGUCCUCGUCAUCAUCCAUUGCCCCAGGCGCCCUGGACAGAUACCCAACGCCUCCGCACACAUUCACCACCACAACUCCAGCUACCUCCCCCGCCCCAGCCCGCGAAGCGCUUUCCGCAUUUUCCUCACCACACGUCACCAUCCAGCCGUUCCAGCCCCCUCCUCCACCGAACAGCGCUUCCGGCAAUAGAUCCGCACCAGGGAGUCAGGAUGCGGAUGGGGGCGCCCUGAGGAAUGAGUUCAUCCCUAACUGGAGCAGCGUCGAGUUUGCACUUUUUGUCAAUCGGCUGGGGCGAAUUAUCGACGGAGCCGUGUCUGAGUUGCUCGUAGCUGCGGGAGGGGAAGGCCCGGUGGCCGAUGCAGCGAAGGGGGCUAUUCUGAGACGAGUGGAGGGCAGGUGGAAGAGCUUGAUGGUUGCCGAGUCGGCAUUUUGGCCCGAGGUUUAG